AAAUUCAGUUAUUAUGUAUUGGAUUGCUUUAAUUGUUUGUAUGUUGUAUUUGUCACAUCACACGCUAUGUGAAACUGAUAAGGGUCCUAUGAUAAUACCACACUGGCAGAUAUUACUGUAUAAUGACAGUUUUAAGUGUGAGUACACUAACGACCAAAAAGUGGACCUGUAUUGCAGUUAUCCCCGAACCAAUUACACCACAUUAUACUCGAUUAAAAUGUACAAAAACACAACCUUGUUAUACUCGAUAGAUAUGACAAACAACAAUGGUACGGGGUGUCUAUCAACGAGCACUGCCCGACAAAUGGACUCAACUAUACGCCUAAAUCAAGAUCACGUGGUCAUAACCAUACCUCACCCCACCGAUACGACCAUGGGCAAUUAUUUGUGUCAAUUCAAUUACCUGGAUAUUACCCAUAAUUCCCAAAUAAUUUAUUCCUCUUUACUGAAUAUAUGCAAUAAGAAAUCGUGCACUGGUGUGCAUAUCCGAGAGAGCAUAAUCAGCCCUUAUACCGGUAAACAGGAUUAUAACCACGCACAAACGGGAGUGCCCAGG